AUGGCGCACCACGCGACGUCGGCGACUUCCCUGAAGCGCAAGUGCCCUGACGGUGGCAGUGACAGUGACAGCGAGGAGACGGCCGGCAAGUGCGUCACCGGCUGCGGCUUCUUCGGCGCCGCCGCCACCGGCAACAUGUGCUCCAAGUGCUACAAGGAGAAAGUCGUCGCCGCCUCUGCCACCACGGCCGCGGACAGCGUCGCCAUCGCGCCUGCCGCUUCGACCGUGCCUCCGGAGAAGAAGCCCAAGACGAUCGUCACCGUCGCGUCCUCUGAUGGUGCUGAGCCCUCCCUGGCGUCCACGAAGCAGCCGAUGCCGGCGAAGAACCGGUGCGCGACGUGCCGCAAGAAGGUGGGCAUGCUGGGGUUCCGCUGCCGCUGCGAGGGCACCUUCUGCAGCGUCCACCGCUACUCCGACAAGCACGACUGCGGCUUCGACUACAAGACCGCCGGGCGGGAGACGAUCGCCAAGCACAACCCGGUCGUCGUUGCCGACAAGCUCGCCACGAGGAUCUGA